AUGACCAUUGGGAGGGCAAGCGCAGCAGAAGCGGAUUACUUUGAAGGGGACAUUUUAGGAGUUAAACUCUUCAGCCAGGAAGUCCCAGCAACGACAAUACAGAAUGCCUUUUCUGCGGAGACGCUUGCUGCCCAUAUUCCUCAGGCGCCGAGCGAAAGCAGGCGUACAGAGGACGGGCGACUGUGUCUUUCUCCCUGUUCUUUGCAGGGACCUCGAUGGGCAGCAGCAGCAGCAGCUGCUGCUGCUGCCAGGGUUACGAAACCUGCAGUGCUUUUAUCUUGCACGGACAGCUUGCGUCGUGUGGAGUUUAAUGGGCGCAUCGGCCAGACGUUCCUCGCCGUCUGUCCUCCUGACUGUCUGCACGCCAAAGCGCUCCUCGAAGGCUGUAAAUUCUUCACCGCCAGAAGUUCCAUUUGCAAGGCCUCCCUACAUACGGGCGCUAUGCCCAAGGAGGGAGGAGAGGUGUUGCUGACUGUCGCUGAAGGCCGUACCUUCUACGAUGCCUCCCAGGGCCACUUCGGGUUCUAUAGUCUUCUCUCUUCUGUUUGUCGCGCGGCAAUACACGCUGGAGCACUGAAGGACGUCGGGGGCGAAGUUGAGAUCAUUGCAUCAAGAGGCCGCCAGCGUUUCUCCGGCAGUGCAGUUAAUGGAAUUGCAUCCGAGACGAGCGGGGAAUACAUUCGCUCCUUCGUGUUUGUCACGCCGUCUUCUGCAAGCAGCAGCGCUGAGGGUGUGGAGGCCAUCUCGAGAUCGACCGCAGGAAGCCAGCGGCAGCUGUCUUGA